AUGGCCGCGCGCGCCUCGAUCCCGCUCCUCCAGACCGUGCCGUCCAAGUUCUGGUCCGACGUCGUCGCCGCCGGAUCCCUGGGCCUCGCCGGCGACUUGAUCUGCCAGGCCGCCGAGGGCCGGCGCGACGUGGACGUUCGGCGCGCGGCGUCCCUCGCUUUAUUCAGCGGCGCGUACAGCGGCGGCCUCCUCCACGUGCUCUACGGCUACCUGCCGAGGUGGACCGCGGCCGUCGGCCGCGCCGCGGGCGUCGCCGCGCUCUCGCGGCCGUCGUCGCGGCUCCACGGCGCGGGCUGCUCGCUCCUGGACAACGCGCACUGCGGCCUGGUCUACAUCCCCGCCUACUUCUUCGCCGUCGGCGCCCUCCAGGGCCAGUCCCCGGGCCAGGCGCGGGCCGCGCUCGGCGCGGAGUGGGCGACGGCCUACGCGAGCUGCUCCGCCUUCUGGAUCCCGUACAGCUUCGCCAACUUCUCCUACGUCGCCGCGGCGCACCGCGUCAAGUUCGUCGCCGUCGGCAACCUCGCCUGGUCCGUGGCCAUCGACUUCAUCGCGCACCGCGACCGCGCGCCGGUGGCGGCCGCGCGCGGCUCCUAG